AUGGAUGCGAAGAAUCUGACGCUCGGCAUCAAGGGCCAGAAGCCCUACAUCGAUAACGAACCGCUCACCGCGACGUGCUACGAGGACGACAGCACGUGGGAGAUCGACACCUUCCCGGGUAAAGGCCGAUGCGUGCGCGUGACCCUUCGCAAGUGCGUGCCGGACUCCUGGGAGUUUCUUCUCAAGCGGGACAACAAGCCCCCGGACCUGACGUUCACCUCCAAGUGCUUCUUCGACAUCUCGGCCGGUGGCGAGGCCCUCGGGCGCGUGGUCUUCGGGCUGUACGGCAACGUCACGCCCAAGACGUGCGAGAACUUCAGGGCGCUGUGCACCGGCGAGAAGGGCGAGGGCAAGAUGGGCAAGCCCCUCCACUACAAGGGCUCCUCCUUCCACCGCGUCAUCCCCAACUUCAUGUGCCAGGGCGGCGACUUCACCGCCGGCAACGGCACCGGCGGCGAGUCCAUUUACGGCGAGAAGUUCGCGGACGAGAACUUCAGGGUCAAGCACACCAAGCCCGGCUUACUGUCCAUGGCCAACGCGGGACCGGGGACGAACGGAUCGCAGUUUUUCAUCACCGUCACGGAGACGCCGCACCUCGACGGCAAGCACGUGGUGUUCGGCGAGGUUUGCGAGGGGUACGAGGAGGUGGUGAAGAAGUGCGAGGAACUCGGUUCGGGUGGGGGCAAGACGGAGAAGGAGAUCGUGAUCGACGACUGCGGCGAGCUGUGA